AUUUAUCGUAUAGUCAGUAAUCCGUUAACGACAGUAUCUAUUUUCGAGUGUCGACCGACAAUAGUAAGUUAUUGAUGAAAUAAACGGGUCUUAAACCAUAUAGACAUCGAUAUAUGAUAAAACAGUAACCAUUGACACGGUCAUCAAAAACGUUUUUUCGUCCGACCGAGGAUCAACGUUUUCUUCGUGACUAGAUCGUCGGUGUGCCAAAUAUUAUUUUAUUAUUUUAUAAAGGACCGGUCUUCUAUACCACAGUCAUGAAUGAGUUAAAGUGGAUAGUCGAAUGCAGCGCGUUCUCCGUUAUGCUCGGCAUAUCCGUCGUCAUCGGUUUAUAUUUCGGAUGUGUGAAGAAAGAAGGGAACACAGUUAACGAAUACCUGUUGGGUAACAAAAAAAUGACCGUAUUUCCCAUCGUUAUGUCGCUGAUCGCCAGGUAUGAAAAAAAUUUGCUCGUUUUACUAAAAAAAAAAAGAUGUAUGUUGCUUUACGAGUAGAAUGAAAACAUGAAAAUAAAAUCCUCUAGUAAGAACAAAUACCCGAGUGCGUAAUUAUAAAAACGUGUUUAUCAAGAACGUAUUCAGUUCAAUAUCUACACAUUGGGGAACGGAAAAACUAUUAAAAUACAAUCUGUUCGUCGAAAUCCGCACUUAAAAAGCUGUCCUAGGAUAAUGGAGACGGGUUAUAUGGAGGUAGGGACGGAUUAUGGUUUUUGCCACCCAUGGGCUGAAAAAAAUUUACCACCUAAUUUACAUAUUGAUAUUUUACUUCUAAAAGUGAUACGUAAAACACCCAUGGAGCGUCCAUAUUAAAAAAAUGAUCGUUAAUAAAAUAAAAACGAAAAAUCAAUACUUUAUUUAUACAUUUAAUAAAUGAAAACUACUUAAGCAUAUUUUAAAAAUAAUACAUACAAAUAUAUAUUAUUCAUAUUCUUCACUCUUCAGAUUAUAGUCUUACGUCUAGAUAUUUUUUUUUUACAAAGUCUCCAAUGAUGUCGUCAUAUGAUAACUGAUUAGUUAAUUCAUGUUUAUACUUAGUAUGGCAAGUGUAUUUAAUCAAUCCUGUGACAUCGUAGAUCGGAGAUUAUUUUUUAUUUUUUUCAAGCAAGAAAAAGAGCGUUCAACUGAAAAAUUAGUCACUGUAGUAGAUGUCUAAUAUUCUAAAUGUUAUUUCGAUGUUGGGAUACACUGAAAUUAAGUUUUUUCUUGUAAAAUUUGAAGAAGUUUGGGAAUAUUUUUUUUCUUAUCAUCAGUCAGUUGUAUUGUGUGUGCUUUUAAAUGUAGACAUUCAUUAAUUAAUUCAUUUAAAUCUAUAUCAUCACGGUAUAUUUCAUAAAAUUGUGUAGCUCCUUUAACGAUAUCAUCAUGUGAUAGACAUAUAUAGAGUAAAUAAAAAUAGCAACAAAAAAGGUAUUUUGUCGAUUAAAUCUUUUUUUUUUUCUGGUAGAAAACGUCGUCCGUGUUUUUGUAAAAUAAUGAAAUCGUGAAAUUGUACGUUUUUCUACGUUUUUUCCCACUUGAGUGCUUUUAUUUAAAAAAUGGAGUCGAAAAUCAAAAAAAUAACCUCUCUAAGAAGAAAAAAAAAGUAAUAAACAGCAUUGUAAAACCAAUAACUCCAUCGCUACGCUCGGAAUCUAAAAUUAAACAUCCUUGUAGAACCAAUACAUUCUUUGUUCCGCUCACAAUCUUAAAUUAUAAGAUAGGUUUUGUGAUAGAAAUAUGAACGCACAUGAGGGAGUCAUCUCGUGUGGAAUGAAAACACAAAAUUCACUGGAAACCGACGGGGGGUUUCAGUGAAAGAAAAUAAUCAUUUGGCUUAUGAUCUGCAGGCUUCAAAGAGAAGCUUCUUCUUUCUCUGCAAAGAGAAAUUUAUGAUAAUUCGUAAAAAAAAAAAAUGGUUUCUAUUAUGUGUAUAAUACGCCUAAUUAUAAUAAUUGAUAUUAAUCUGUUUAUUCUAAAUUGCAUUACAUUUACUUGAAGUCAUAUUUCCGGUAUUAUGUUAUUGGGAAUUCCGACCGAGGUCUACUGUUACGGGACGUUAUACUUGUUGAGCGGAGCGAUUAACAUGGUGAUAAUUAUCGUAAUAUUCUACGUGUACUUGCCUGUGUUUUACGAACUACAAUUGACGUCGGUUUACGAAGUAUGAUAUUUGCACCUAUAUCGUCGAAUUUUCGAGUUUUCAGUAUAUUUAUUUGAUCGAAGCGUAAUAAUUUUUAUUAUAUAUUGCAGUAUUUAGAAUACAGAUUCAAUAGCACUAUUCGAGGAUUUGCGUCGAUAAUUUACGCCGUGUCAUUGAUUCUCUACAUACCGAUCGUGAUGUACGUCCCGGCAUUAGUGUUAAACCAAAGUACGUGUAUAAACCAUCUCCUCUCAAUAUAUUAUGAAACCGUAUGCAUAAUGAAAAACAUACCAUUUUUUACAUUUUUUUUUUUUUUUUUUCUUAAUAUUGAAGUUACAGGCAUAAGUGUGCAUCUAAUUACGCCGCUAAUAUGCGUGAUAUGUAUAUUCUACACUACCAUCGUAAAUACAUUACAAAUAUUUCGUAAGUUUUAAUCGGUUUUAAUCUCGUGAUUUGUUUAUAUUUUCGCAGGGAGGACUGAAAGCUGUCGUUUGGACAGAUGCGAUCCAGAGUUUCUUUACAGCUCUGUCGGUGAUCGUUAUAAUCGUCAUGGCGCUCGUAGAAGUCGGAGGAUUCGGUAACAUGAUACGAACGAACCUUGUGGGAGACAGAAUAGAAUUUUUCAAGUCUGUUUAAUAUUUAUUAUCUAUAUACGAUGCGGUUCUAUAUACUUUGUUAGGAACAUUUUUAACGAUCGAUUGUAUACUGUUUAGGAUGGACCCAGAUCCUUUUUUAAGAAAUUCUUUUUGGACGGUCAGCAUUGGAACCGCUUUACAUGUGAUUUCUACCAUAGGCGUUCAAGCGGGUUCCGUUCAACGGUUCGUAUCAUUGCCUAGUUAUGCAAAAGCUGGGAAAUCGUUGAUUGCCUUUUCUCUCGGAAUGUGCGUUGUUAAAAUUCUGACCGGCUGUCUUGGAAUGUUAAUUUACACCAAGUACCAAGACUGCGAUCCCGUUUUGGCCGAUGUUAGUGGUUUUUUUUUGGUUUUAUCAAAUUUCACGCUAAACAGUUAUUGUUACAGUUAGAUUACUGUUAUCAAAGGUUUAGUUUUAUAAAAUAUUGUCAAUUUCAGUAUAUCAAAUCCUAUAAAUACAUACUGCCUUAUUUCGUAGUGGACAUAGUCGGGCUAGUUCCAGGACUUACAGGAUUAUUUAUCUCUGGGAUGUUUAGCGCUGCUUUAAGGUUAGCAAUAUCUAUUUCAAUUUCAUUUUUUUUUUUUUUUUUUUUUUUUUUUUUAUACCCUAUAAUCAAUGUUAAAAAAAAAUUUAUAUUCAUAUUAUAAUAAUUGAUUUUUAGUACAAUGUCUGCACACCUUAACACGGUUUCGGGGACGAUUUACAAAGAUUUCAUAGUCAAAGUGAUUAGUAAAGAUGUCUCUGAAUCGACGGCCAGUAUUAUAAUGAAAUGUGUUGUUGUGAUCGUUGGCAGUAUGUGUUUAAUGUUAGUCGUGGUGGUGGAGAAAUUUAACGAAAUCAUUCAAGUAAGGGUUAUGAUAAUGGCAUCCUAAAUCCGAAUCAUCGGGAUUUAAAGCGAAGUAUCGUUUUAUAGUUUGCCAAAAGCAUGUCCGGAAUCACGGACGGAGCGAUAGUUAGUGUUUUUACCCUCGGCCUUUGUUUUCCCUGCUGCAAUUCGAGAGUAAAUUUAUCAUUUAAAAUAUUUUACAUUUAUACUACAUUUAAUCAUUUAAGUAAAAUAUUAUUAUUAUUAGUUUUUUUUUUUUCAUAAAUUAAGAACGUAUAUUAUGUAAACAAAGUUUUAAUUCUGUAUACAGGGUGUCAUAUGCGGAAUGAUAACUAGUAUAGGAGUGAUGGCGUGGAUCAUAACCGGAGCUCAGCUCGCCACGAUGAACAACGAAUUAAAGUUGGUCAUGAAAAAUGUCUCGAUUGCCGGAUGUCCAACAAAUAUUACUUUUAAAAAUCAUAAUGAUUUUUCGGGGUGAGUUUUUAGGAUAUGCAUGUUUCACAGUUUCGCUAUUAUUGAUUUAUCAUGUUUUUAUAAUUUUAGAUUAUAUCGUAUGAACGACGACGUGUACGUGAGUCCAAACGUGCUGAAAAUCUUUACCGUUUCGUAUUUGCACUACAACACGGUCGGAACUAUCAUUGGAAUAGUCGUAGGACUCGUGGUCAGUGUUUUGUUUCCAAUGGACCAAAAUAUCGAUCCUAAACUUAUAACGCCCUGCGUGCGGAAGUUUUUGUAUCCCAAGUACGCCGUGGCAAAGGGAAAUCGGUCUGGUUAUGUAACAAGAUCCGAAGAAUACAGACCGGUGACCCAGAACACUAAAUUGUAGUAAUAAUAAUAAUAAUAAUAAUUAUUAUUAUUAUUAUACAUAAUAAACCUAACUAUAGUACCUCUCAGUGUAAUAAACUUAAAUAGCAUCAGUUUUUGUUUACGAUAUUAUAUUAGUGUAUUUUAAU